AUUUUCUCUCUUCCAUCUUUCUCCUCUCCCAGAAUCCAACUGCACCUACUUCAAGUUUUUCACCACCGGAGAAAACGCUGUAAUGUUUCAGAAGACGACGCAGAAGAAUCUGAACGUGGCGGCGGCCAUGUUGGUCAUGCUCAGCCUGUUCCUCAUGGUGAUGGGAGCCGUCUGCAUCACCAUGUCUCUGAGUAAAGAAAUCAUCUUCUUCUUGAAGCCGGCGUCCGUCUGCUUCAUCCUGUCAGGCGUCCUGGUGCUCCUCUCCCUCAUGGUCUUCCACCAGUCGGUCCUCGCUCUCCUGGCCAGCGACCACACGGUUCCUCUUCACCACGAGCUCUCCUGGUCGGUGUCGUGCCUCGGCUGCGCGGGCGCCGUCCUCAUCGUGGGCGGGGUCCUCUUCCUGGUGCUGGCGCUGCCCUGCAGCCCCUGGCGGAGGUGUCUCCCUCAGAAGGACAGCGACAGCUAGUGGCCCGGAGGUGGUGUUGCACUUCAGGUUUCCCAAAGACGUCUCAGCAAACAGAUAUUACUCGAGUUCAACAUUUACAGGUUAACUUAAAAAACCUUCUGUCCGUCAAGUAGACAAGUUAAUUUAAAUCAAUUCUUUUUAGUUUUAUCAGCCGGUGUAACGUCAAUGCUCAGACGUGUUUGGGAAACAGUCCUGAAUUGUCUUACUAAUCAUCCUGCAGGGUUUGGAGGUCAUUUACUGUUCGUUCAAUAAAACCACAAAGUUUUAACGGCUCUUUGACACGAGCUCAGUGUCGCACGACACCUGCAGAAGCUUUAAACAGAAACUCAAAGCAGCACUGAGUAACUUUCAGGAACGUUUCAGUGAGCGACAGAACUAAUUCUUCAUGUUUUAAAGUUUCCUGCUGAACAUUGGAGAUGAACUCUGGUUGUUAAUAACUUCUCAGUGUUUUGAACUGAUCUCAGUUCAGCUUCACUCUUCACCUGGAGCUGAUGGAGACAGUUGAGUCACAGAGAACAGACGCUCGGAGAGUGAAGGAGGAAACUUUCUCCGUGUUCACACUCACACAUCAGACUCACUUUAAUCCGGCUGCAUCGUGUUCUGUUAAAUUAAAAACGAUUAAAUACAUGCUUGUGAAUUAAUUUACCCUUGUUUCAUGUUUGCAUUAAAUAUCUAAUGAACCUUUAUUUUCACUGAAUACAGAAAACUAGUAGUUGAACAUUUAUAUUUUCAUGAGACAUUUGUUGUGUCCGCUCAACAAGUGAACGAAACAAAUAUAAUAAUAGUCCAAAAUGUAAAAAUUGACGGCAAACAAUAAAUAUAUUGAAGCAAAAUGAACUCGGACAUUAAUGCUUUGCCCAAAAACGACAUCCUGUUCGCUCGCGUAACAAAUGACCGUCGACUCAAACACAAACGGAAUGAACAGUUUCUUGAGCUCCGAUAUGAGAAACUAGUUUUUUAAAAACUUGUUUCUCAGUGAUGAGUUUCGCUGCCUUUUUAAAAUCCUCAGUGGAUGUUUUGUUGUUAUUCAGUCACAUGAAGAAAAGUUUAUUCAGGAUGAAUUUUUGUCUUUGCUCCAUCGAUUUUCAUUUAUGUCACGUUUUGUAUUUGUUGUCUGUGUCUGUUCAUCGUCAGAUAAACACUGUGCAGCAUCGUGAGAGGGAAACAUUAGUUUGAGUGUCAGACCUGCAGAUAUGAUUCACCUCAGUGUAAAGAUUCAUAUCAAAGUAGAAGCUUCAGUGUUAAAUCAGCUGGAAGUUUGAGUCGCUGCCGUGUUUUCACCUCCUCUGUUUUCCUCGGAUGAUUUAUGCCUGAAGAAAAGUGAUUUUCUGGGCCGUGAACCAUCUCGGGGACUUUUUUGAACUGAAUCGAUUGAGUCUGAAUGACUUCAUUUUAUUAUUAAACAUGACAUGAAUAUUU